AUAAGGGUACCAUUGAGUCGUGCUCGCGAGCUGGUAGAAGAAUUUGAGAUAGAGAGCUCACCGGGAUUGUCCAAGCUGUUGACUGAUGAUCCGCUGGAUGAUGAAGACGGAGGCGACGAAGACGGAGUCAGUGGUAGUGAUGGUGAUGGCAACCAUUCAAAGCAAGGUGACGAUCACGCGCUUGGUAUGCCAUUUUUAGGAUAGUCUCUUUCAUUUCGGGCUUAUCAUUGACCUUUCUCUUUCAUUCUUGUAAUCAGAUAAUGGAAAGGGUGUAGCACAAUUACAACAAGAAGAGGUGCACCCACCGUCACUGGCUACGAUGGCGACAACAACAACAACAACAACAACAGCCCCUCUAACGCCGAAACAAACACAAGCUGCACUGAGCGCAAGUGCUGUUGAAGUGGAUGACGAUGAAUCCUUUGUCAAGUUUGAAGACGACGAGGAAACACCACCGCCACCUAACAGCAAAAAGACGACCGAGUCAGUUGGCAUCAACACACUCCUUACGCCCACACUGUCGAUUCUGCAACAUCCACAACAGCAGCAACAAUUGCAACAGCAGUUACAGCAGCAAGCAGCAAAGAUGGCGACUGGUAGCGACAAACCCGCUGGUUCUUCCGCCGAUGUGCCAUCACCGUUGGAUCUUUUGAAAGCACUGAGCAUACCCAAUUUAAAUAUUGCAGCACUGCAGCAAUUGACAGCCGCCAUUCCGGGCCUGGCACAUUUAUCAUCCACAUUCGAUCUAGCAAAAACACUUGCAGCAUACUUGCAAUCGCUCAACAAGCCAUCAUCAUCAUCCUCGUCUUCGUCUUCUUCAUCCACACCCUCGUCAUCGUCCUCUUCUUCCACCACACCGUCACCCAACUUUGCAUCCGAUUUCAAAGCAGCAUUGGCCCGAUUCCCGGCUUUGGAAACUCUAUUGCUGCGAAAAGAUCCUUCCACAACAUCAUCACCCACAUCCACUACUGCUAACAACAACAACAACAACAACAAUCCAACACCAUCCAUCAUCACGUCUACACCAACACCGACACCGACAUCAACGACGACUUCUACUUUUGUAAAUACUCUUAUUACAGACCCACAUCAUCAACAGAUUGUUCAUACGACGAUGCCGACCAACCCACCCAUGUACAUAACCAUUGUCGACAACAUUCCCGUGUGUGUGGCGGUGCUGGCGCCGACCGACAGCGUACUCCCGGAAUGUCGCAUCAUGCGUCGACUGGACUCGGGCUACAUUAAUGGCACCAAACUGUUGACGGCCGGUGGCAUCGACACUGAAAGCGAGCGAAGCAUGAUUCUCAGUUUCGAGAUGGAACGACGACGUAUGCCGAGGAAAAAGAGUGAGUUGUAUGGUACUUGGAUCCCAUUGCGCCGUGCACAAGAGUUGGCGGUCACUUGUUCAAUUCAACAUCGUCUUGGUCCGUUCUUGAGUGAUUCGAUCGAGUCUUAUUUCCCGUCUCCUUUGCCGAUCAAUGUGCCCAUCAUGAUGACGCCUCGUCGAACGACAGUAGCACCCCCAGCGGGAACGGCAAUCACAUCUCCGUUUCCACCUACCAAGGAUAGUCGAUUGGCGUCUCUCACGUUGCAGGCUCUGCGGGCAAACAGUCAUCAUGGUGCUUCUCCGAAUACUGCUACUCCUGAUGGCAGUCAUAGUGGUGGUUCAGAUGAUACAACAACAGCUACUGCAGAUAAUGGUCAUGACGAUGACGACAGCAACAACAACAACAACAACAAGAACGGUAAAGUGUUGUUGCCACGUUCACUAUCACCACCCAGUCAGACAACAUCAGCCGCGCAACUCCAUCAGUUCUUGCUCAGUAACAAUCCACGCAAAUUUGUCGAGUUUGCACAAAAAGCGCCACUGUUGGGUACAUUUGAAGACGACGACGAUGAUGAUGUAGAAGACAAGCGCACCAUCUCUGUUAUUGAUCGUUCCGCCAAACCUGUCCCUGUCAUCACCACCCUCGGAGCAAAAACGAGCAACAAUAAACGCAAGCGGAAACAGUCUCUGAAGGAAACCAAGAAAAAGAAGAAACAAGAGCAAGAGGACGACGAGUCAAGCGAUGUUGAUAUUGUCAACAGUAGUGACUCGGAUGACCGUUGUCAAGAAGAGGAAGAGGACGUUGACAUUGAUGUCGAUGAAGACGAUGAUGACGAAGAUGCGGACACAGACACGGAUACCGAUGUGGAAGAAGUACGGUUGCGUAUGAAACGGAUGCGCGAUGCUGCCAUCGAUGCCAUGGAGAGUGGCAGUUCGAUUGAUUUGGAAGAACUGUUGCGACGCGCCAGUAGUCCGAUCAUGGAGAACCCACGUCGAGCAGCAGCGGCAGCGGCAGCAGCGGCAGCAGCGCAACAUGCAACGACAGGCAAUCGACUCAGUACUACGACCACCACUGGCUUUUCAUCGUCACCUUUAGCUGGAGGGUCAUCAUCAUCAUCGAUGCGGCGUCAUGGCAAAGCAACUGCACGACGACGACCUCAGGGUCCUGGCGGUCGUAGCAUAGGUGGCAAGAUCGCACCAUCGGCACUCAAAAAAUCCGCCUCGUGGAGCGGCAGCCUGACAUCACCGUUACGUGUCGUGGUGCCUACCAAAAAAUUACACAACAAAAAGCAUAGCACACGGCCAAGCAAGUUGCGACAACAUACCGCGGCAGACGAGUUGUUGGCGAAUCGUGUGGUAGAACAUACCCCUGCAAUCACUACAUCAUCAUCAUCAUCAUCAUCGACGACGACGACGGCAACAACAAGUCAUGCUGACACGGUUACUACUGCUACUACUACAACACCUGCUAAUACCAUUAAUACUACCACUACGGUUACUCCUACUAGUACUGCCUCGACAGCAGCAUCACCAUCACCCCCAGCUCCGUCGCAAGCACCAGAUGCAGCUCCAUCAUCAGCAUCACCAAAAACCUCUGGAACCGAUGUUCUUGCAACGAUCCAAGAAGACGAUGAAGACGAGGAGAUCGAUAUUGGUGGCAGCGAGGAAGAUGAUGAUUUGCGAUAAACAGUAGCAGCAGCAGCAGUAGUAGUAGUAGUAAUUAUCUUUGUACAUGUGUGUAUGUAACGUACUAGUCAUGUUUAGUUUGAAACAAGUCUGAGUACCAAUGAAAAGUGUAUGUUUUGCAGAAACAUUAAGAACAAAAUAAAGAAAAAAUAUAAAGAACACAUGUCCUUCUGUUACUGGAAAUAAAAAAAGC